ACGACCACAGGGCUCAGAUUGCUAAAGGACCUACAAGACUAAACGGGCUGCUGAGACAGCACAGAACACUGCAAGCCUUCUGCAUUGUUAGUGGAGUGAAGCAGAAAUACUGCAAGUAGAAGAGGAACCAACCAAGUCACGACUUACCCAACGCUAUGAAGUUACUCAUCAUUAUCUCAGUUAUGCUGGGGGCACUCGUCACAAGCCUAGAAUCUGCUUUGACCAGGCAGCAGCAGCAGAUGCUAUCAAGGAAACAUAAAUCAGGACACCAGGAUUGUAACUGUGUAAAUGGAGGAACCUGCAUUUCCUAUCAACUCUUUUCCCGGAUUACCCGUUGCUUAUGUCCAAAAGAAUACAGUGGACAGCACUGUGAAAUAGACACUAAAAGCCAAUGCUAUACGGAGAACGGUCAGGACUACAGAGGGACUGUGUCAAAGAAUGAGAAAAAUGAAGAAUGCUUAUCGUGGGACUCUCCUUCACUAAUUAGGAGGGAUUACCAUGCUGGUGUGAGAGAUGCCCUGCAGCUUGGACUGGGGAAACACAACUACUGCAGAAACCCGGAUGGAAAAGCUAAGCCCUGGUGUUACAUUAAAAGGGGAUAUUGGACUUUGGAAACAGACUGUGACAUACAACUGUGUCCCACAGAGAGAGAAGCCACGUGUGGCCAGAGGAGCUCCAGCAAGUACUUCAAGAUCGUGGGCGGAAGCAUUGCAGCUAUUGAGUCUCAGCCUUGGAUAGCCACUAUCUUCCAAUAUUCAAGGAAAAUAGGGCAGAACACAUUUGUGUGUGGUGGCAGCCUCAUUGACCCUUGCUGGGUGCUUACUGCUGCACACUGCUUCCCCCCGCGGAACACGGAUCCAUCAAGCUACACAGUUGUUCUUGGAAAGUCCAAGCUGGAUGCUGUUGAUGACAAAGAACAAACUUUUCAGGUGGAAAGAAUCAUCAAUCAUCAUGAAUAUUCAGAUGAAGGCGGUGACUUCAACAGUGAUAUUGCUCUCAUGAAAAUAAAGUCUGCUUCUGGACACUGUGCAGUAGAGUCUGAAUAUGUCAAAACUAUCUGUUUACCGUCUGAAAACCUAGUGCUGAUGGAUAAUUCCCAGUGUGAAGUGUCUGGCUAUGGGAAAGAAGACAACUGGGAUAUUUACUAUUCCAAAAUAUUGAAGACAGCCAAUGUGAACUUAAUAUCACAGUCAUUGUGCCGGGAUGAAUAUUAUGACCAAACCAGGGUGAAUGACAACAUGGUCUGUUGCUGGGGAUGUGCGUGGAAGUCUGAUGCAUGCAAGUAG